AUCCCANAAAAUUUCUAUAAACAACAUGAUACAGAGCCCAAGAUUCAAUCUUUUUUUCUAAAGAUAAUGAGCAGGGGCCCUUUCCCCUUCUUCUCGCAAGAAGAGGAUCAAAAUGUUUUCCCAUCUUCAAAACCCAAUCUUUGACGCCCUCUACUGCGAGGAGGAGCGUUUCGAUGAUGGGUUUGUCCUCAAAGACUCAGAAAAUAGCGAUUUGGACCAGAUUAAGAAAACCCCUUUUGCUCUCUUCGAGCACGACCUCUUAUGGGAAGACGACGAGCUUGCCUGUCUUUUGUCGGAGGAGAAGAAACAGGCUCGCCUGAUUCGUGACGUGAUAGAGUCAGAUGGGUGUCUGAAAAUGUCGAGGGAUGAAGCCGUUAAGUGGAUGCUCAAGGUGAUUGGGCAUUACGGGUUCGGCGCGUUGACCGCUGUCUUGGCUGUUGACUAUUUCGAUCGAUUUAUUGCAAGCAUUUGUUUCCAGAGGGACAAGCCGUGGAUGGGUCAGUUGGCCGCCGUUGCCUGCCUUUCGAUUGCUGCCAAGGUGGAGGAAACUCAAGUUCCUCUCUUGCUAGACCUACAAGUGGAGGAGUCUAAGUAUUUGUUUGAAGCAAAGACCAUUCAGAGAAUGGAGCUUUUGGUUCUGUCUACACUUAAAUGGAAAAUGAACCCGGUGACCCCAAUCUCGUAUUUCGACCACAUUGGGAGGAGAUUUGGGCUUAUAAAGAAUCUGCAUUGGGAGUUCUUGAGGAGGUGUGAGACUGUCAUCCUCUCAAUCAUCACUGAUUGUAGAAUGGCCCAUUACCCUCCUUCUGUCAUUGCUUGUGCCUCAAUGAUUCACGUGAUUAGAGAUAUCGAAACCGAUGAUUAUCUCGACUACGAGAGUCGGAUCAUAAACGUGCUUGAAACUUGCAAGGAAAAGAUUGACAGCUGCCUCAAACUUAUUAUGGAAGUCUUAGAUGAUCCUGGCCGUAGAUCUUACGGCAAGCGCAAGCACAUGUCGACACCUGGCAGCCCGAGUGGCGUGAUCGAUGCCUAUUUCAGCUCAGAUAGCUCGGUUGACUCGUGGGCAGUUGGGUCAUCAGUUUCAUCAUCUCCCGAGCCAGUUUUCAAGAAGAGCAGACCACAGGAUCAGCAUAUGAGGAUGGCUUCACUAAGCAGCUUCUCUGGUUGGCAAUCCUAAUCGCACUUGGGUUAAAUUGAGCUCGUGUUUUAUUUUUUCUUCAAUUAACUUAUUUAUAUGAUAUUGGCGAUGCUGCUGCUACUCCGUGAUUUUUAUUUACUAUGCUGCAACAAUUCCUAGAAUAAUUUGGUGCAAUUAUGUUUAUGUGACUGUGUUGUGUUCGUAUGGUUCGUGUAAUUUUCUUGCCAAUCAAUCCCAUGUGAUGGAUUUGAUAUGUUUUGGCAAACUUGAAUCUUAUCUAUCGCUCCCUGUUUGAUUGGGGAUGGAAGUUGAGAUUGGAGGAGAGGACAUUAUUGAGAAAAAAAAAAAAAAAUUAUGCUUGAGACGCAUUAUUUGAUCUUCGUUUUCAUUCUCCUUUCUUUCUCUUGGUGAUUGCAUUAUAUGAUUGAACAAUUUUAUUUAGAACAUGAAAUUGGGACUUUCGGGCAUUAAGAACUAAUGUAGGCUGCUACACUAUGAAGGCCUUCUUCAAGACUUUCUUCUUUGUUCUUAUAAUAUAUUAAUUUUUUUGAAUGUCAUAUAUAAGUAUAUAUAUAGUAUUUAUUUACAUAUAUCUAGGUUAUGAUCAAGAGUGAGGGACAAAGGUGGGUUUGUCCCAAGCAUUUGGUUUGUUUUGCUGAAAGGAGGAAUUCAUGAAUUAAAGAAAGGUUUCCAAUGUAGGGACAGGUGUCUCGAUGAAAGGACCUAUAUUGUCCUCAAGUGGGACUUGAAUAGCGGUUUCAUACGAUUUUUCUUCCUUGGAUUUGGGCCUAAAUGACAAAAAAAUUCUCCCUUGUGCAUAAGGUGUCUAUAGUGCCUGAAAAUUCUAGUGUUUUGCAUAGGUUAUCAUUAUACCAUAGGAUUUCGGAUAUCAACAAGAUUCGAAACUGUUUUAACUCUAAACUCUUUAGUAUAACUUUACUUAGCCAAGUGAUUUAAGUUUGAGGAUACUUUUUAAAUUUGUAAGUAUUUUUUAGUGUUGCAAUUGUUUUAAUUAUUUAGGUUGGAGAUAAUGAGUAGAGAUAUUAAAUGAAAUGACUAGUUCAUUAUUUCGGCUUUUUUGAUAGUCAACUCGAGUUCGAGCUUGUUUAUUGUUAACUAGCCAAGUCAAGGCUUGAGAAUAGGGUUUUUUUUAUGUAAUUUCUCGAACUCGUUGCUCAACUCGGUUAGUUAAUGUUCGAAUU